AUUGACCUUUUGGUUGAGCUACUAUGCGACUUUGAAGAAUUAGCCCUUUUACCAUAUCUACCUUUGCGUGUACUAAGUCUCCUCUCAAACUCCAUUCAACAUCUCGACAAAUAUAUUUAUAUAUUAGGCGACACCGCUAACUAAAAUACACCCAAUACAUGGUUAAACUACAAACUCCCUCGUGAGACCCUUAAGGCAUUUCCACCAAAUCCUAGCCCCCACUGAGCUAACCUCACGAUGCCUGAAUCACACUCGUUCCACUCGCACCAUGACUACUACUCCGAAGACGUCUCCAACCCCUCCCCUCUCACCUCCAACUCGCCGGGUUACUACGGCAGCUCAACGCACUUCCCUAGCGGCAAGUCCUGGUAUAGUGAUUAUAAGGAGCGGCGUCCGGGUUUCUAUAAGCGGUUCGUGGAUAGCUUCAAGAGUGACCCGAAUCGACGUAGCAUUAAUCCGGCUAUUAAUUCCACUAACCAAUACAACCACAAUGGUGCCUUCAAUCCGCAUAAGGCGGUAUUAGCGACCGCGAACACAGCGCUAGCAAGAAAAUUGAAGGGGAGGCAUCUGCAGAUGAUUGCAAUUGGAGGGAGUAUUGGAACAGGAUUGUUUGUUGCGAGUGGAAGGAUGCUGCAUGAGGGUGGGCCAGCAUCAUUACUGAUCGCGUUCUCACUUAUCGGGGUUAUGCUAUUUUGUACGGUGCAUGCUCUAGGUGAGAUGGCUGUCUUAUAUCCGGUAGCUGGCUCUUUCUCUGCGUAUUCGACGAGAUUUCUUGAUCCAGCAUGGGGGUUCGCUAUGGGUUGGACCUAUGCAAUGCAAUGGCUUAUUAUUCUCCCAAUCGAAAUCGUCGCCGCCAGCAUAACUAUCAAUUUCUGGAAUAAAACGCUCCACCGUUCCAUCUUCGUCACCAUUUUCCUCGUUCUCAUUAUCGCUAUAAACCUCUUCGGCGUUAAAGGCUAUGGCGAAGCCGAGUUCGUUUUCUCCCUUGUCAAAGUCAUUGCAGUGAUCGGCUUCAUCAUCCUUGGCAUCAUCAUCAACUGCGCCGGCAACCCUAACGGCGGCUACAUCGGCGGAAAAUUCUGGGUUGAGCCGGGUCCCUUCAACAACGGCUUUAAGGGCCUCUGCUCCGUCUUCGUGACCGCUGCAUUCGCUUUUUCAGGCACGGAAUUAAUAGGCCUCGCAGCGGCGGAGACGGCAAAUCCGAGAAAGAGCCUACCGAAUGCCAUCAAACAGGUUUUCUGGCGUAUCACCUUAUUUUACAUCGUGAGCUUAACACUGGUGGGUCUCCUAGUAGCAUAUGAUGACAAGCGACUCCUCGACCUCGACGAAGGCAACGCCAAUGCUAACGCCAACACCAACCCCACCGCCACCGCCUCGCCCUUCGUUAUCGCCAUUGAAGACGCCGGUAUUACCGUCCUACCCUCUAUAAUGAACGCCGUGAUUUUAAUCGCCAUAUUAUCCGUUGGCAACAGCGCCGUUUUCGGCAGUACCCGCACCCUAGCAGCGCUAGCUGACCAGGGUCAUGCACCUAAGAUCCUAGGCUACGUUGACCGCAAAGGUCGUCCCAUCGUCGCCAUCGCUAUCGCCAUCGCCCUGGGCCUUGUUGCCUACGCCACUGAAAGCGGGCAGCAUGGCACGGUGCUUAGCUGGAUGCUCGCCCUCUCCGGUCUCUCGAGCAUCUUCACCUGGGGCUCCAUCUGCCUGUCGCACAUACGGUUCCGGCGCGCCUGGGCGCUGCAGGGCCACAACCUCGACGAGCUAGCGUUCGUAUCGCAGCCGGGCGUAGCGGGGAGCUGGGUGGGCGUCAUCUUCAGUGUGCUUGUCCUGGCGGCGCAGUUCUGGACGGGCGCGUGGCCCAUCAAUUACGGCGAGAUCGGCGUGAAAGGGCAGGUGGAGAGCUUUUUCUUAGCGUAUCUAGCGGUCCCGAUCGUGCUGGUCAUGUAUGGGGGCUAUAAGUGGCGGUAUAAGACCAAGGUAUGGAGGCUGAGGGAUAUAGAUCUCCAGACGGGGAUACGGGAGUUUAAUCUAGGGAGGAUAUUGAAGGCGGAAAGGGAGGAGAAAGAGGAGUGGCCUAGGUGGAAGAGGUGGUAUGACCUUGUUUGCUGACAUGGUCCUCGAUUUUAUUACGGUUUGUUUUAUGAAGUUUUGAGGCGAAUGGGAUGAUGAAUCGUCUUGAGGGGCUCGGAGGCUGACCGCAAGGGAGAGUGCGGAUAGAGGAGCGAGGGACAGCGACUACUCAUACUUCUAAGGUUGAGGAAAAGCAGCGUGGUGUAGAUAGGCAGGCAAUUAUGCUUAAACCGAACACGCCAAACUAGAAGAGGACACCGCAAAACCCGAAGUAGAGGCGCUGAACCUGGGCGAGCAAGCACGCGGAAAACCGCGCCCUUCUUGCCGUCGCAUAGUAUACUAUAUAUUUUUACUACUUUAAACGGCUAAUUAUAGAAUUACCACCUAAAUUAUUAUAAAUUAAAUACCAC